AUGGGUUCCGUCCUCCAAAAGAAGAAGCGCCGCUCCGGCCGCGCCAAAGUCAAGACAAACAGGCCCAAGAAGCUCCUCAACCCUCUCGGCAACGACAUCAUCGCAAAGAACUGGAACAAGAAGGAAACCCUCACCCAAAACUACCGCCGCCUAGGCCUCACAGCCCGCCUCAAAUCAGCAACAGGCGGCACAGAAAAGACACUCGCCCAACUCGAGCAAGAAAAGACCGCCUCCUCCUCCACCGCCGCAAAGCGCGACCCCUUCGCCAUCUCCACAACCGAAGAAGCCGUCUUUGAAGAAGCCCGCGUCGAGCGCGACGCCGACGGCAAAAUCAUCAAGAUCCACUACGCCAGCGCCAAUAAGCGUCCCAACCCCCUCAACGACCCCCUGAACGCCCUCGAAGAAGGAUCCGACGACGAAGAGGAGAACGAAGAAGAAUGGGGUGGCAUCGACGACGAGAGCAGACCCGAAGUCAUCCGCCUCCUCGAAAAGGAAGCCGCCCUCCCCGAGAUCAAGAAGCCGCGACACAUUAGCCAGCAGGAGAAAGAAUGGCUCGAGAGGUUGAUUGCCAAGCACGGCGACGAUUACGAUGCCAUGGUGCGGGAUCGCAAGUUGAACCCCAUGCAGCAAACGAAGGGCGAUAUCACGCGCCGGGUGAAGAGGUUUACUGGCAAGGCGUAA